GUAAAAUCCGUGACUAAUUUUUUUUUUAAAUUUUCGUGACUAGUCCGUGACUAGUCCGUGACUAGGCUAGUCACGGACCAAAUCCGUGACUACGUCCGUGACUAAAUUUUUUAUAUAUGCAGGAGCAGCUUAUUCCACAGAACCACACCAAUUCAUUCCCAGUAUAUACAGUAUCUGUUUGAAAGAUCGAAGGAUGUAGUCUAUCUUCUAUCAUUUUCCCCGUUUAUGCAGAUAAGGCAUAAUGUAUAAACAAAAUAGAAGUUGGAUGUAUGAUAAAAAGAUGCGGUAUUGUACGAAAUGCAAUCAAAUUUUCUCGAGGGAGUCCGGGAAUUUAUUGAAUUCGCACUUGAACAUCCGGCUUAUAUGAGUGGUGAUAAAAUAAGAUGUCCAUGUUCAAAGUGUAAAAAUCUCAAAUUUAAAGACCCACACGAAGUUGGGUAUGAUUUGUACGCGGUCGGUUUUGUUCCCAAGUAUUAUAAUUGGACUUCUCACGGCGAACCUUUGGAUCCAUCUGUUAUACCACAAACGGUAGGUUCGUCUCGUUACGUCCCUCCAGAGAUGAGUGCGUGGGGAGACCGUGCUGAAAUGAGGUGGGACCAACAAAUGGUAUAUGACGCAUACGGUGUACCGAUGUCUCAGUUCAACCCCCCACAACCACCUAACGACCCCCCUGAAGCCUCAACCUCGUAUCAACCAGAUGCAGAUGAAAAUCCGACAUUUUAUCAACCUUAUGUGGAUGAAGGUUUGGCUGAGAGAUUUCAGGAUGUUCUAAAAGCUGCCGACCAGCCUCUGUAUGCUGAUUGUGAGGGAUACUCUCAGCUAUCCGCCGUUACUGAGUUCAUGAACAUAAAAGCCGAAUACAGUCUCCCUGAAACUUGCAUGAAUAGAGUCUUGCAGUCAGUAGGAGGGAUGCUACCGCGAGAUCAUACCCUUCCCGAUUCAUAUUACCACAUGAAGCAGUUAAUGUCCAAGUUGGGGCUACCUUGUGUUGAAAUUGAUGCGUGCCCGGAAGGAUGUAUGUUGUUCUGGAAGGAGGAAGAGGCACUUGAGUUCUGCAAGUUCUGCGGUGGAGACAGAUACAAACAUGUUCGUCAAGGUAAAAAGAAACCACGACAUAGGUCUGCACUGUCUAAACUAUAUUACCUCCCAAUAGCUCCUCGACUGCAGAGGAUGUACGCUUCGACUGCUACUGCGAAACACAUGACAUGGCAUGUUGUCACCCUUCAUACUGUGAAGCCUGGAGACACUUUGGCCGCUGUCAUCCUCAAUUCGCUAUGGAGCCACGAAAUGUGCGGCUGGGAUUGUGCUUAGAUGGAUUUGCUCCUUUUGGCAGGUUUGGGAAGAACUAUUCAUGUUGGUCGGUCAUGUUAACUCCUUACAAUCUCCUUCCCGACAUGUGCAUGAAAAGUCAUUUCAUCUUUUUGUCUUUAAUUUGUCCGGGUUCCAAGGAUCCUGGGCGAAAGAUAGACAUUUAUUUCCAACCCCUUAUCGAGAAGAUGAAAGAACUGUGGGCCGUUGGGACACCAACUUAUGAUGUUUCAUCAGAUAAAAUGUUUAUCGUGAAAGCUGCCAUCAUUUGGACCAUUAGCGACUUCCCUGCCUAUGGCAUGCUUUCGGGAUGGAGCACACACGGUCUGAUGGGAUGUCCGAUAUGCAUGGAGAAAUAAGGUGCCAACUGGCUCAGUUACAGCAAAAAAGGAAGUUACUUUGAUUGUUACCGCAAGUUUCUCCCGGAAAGGCACCGAUAUCGAAAGGAAAAGAAGUCUUUCAUUAGAGGCAGAGUGGUACGAGAGAGACCACCCCCGAGAUUGACCGGUGAAGAAAUUUAUAACCGGGUUCGACGUUUUCCUACGGCUAUGGAAGAGCCAAACCAAGAGCCAUAUGGGUAUUGUGAUACCCAUAAGUGGACAAAGAGGAGCAUAUUCUGGGAGUUGCCUUAUUGGAAAGACCUUCUCAUCCGUCACAAUUUAGAUGUCAUGCACACUGAGAAGAACGUCUUUGACAAUAUAUUUAACACGGUGAUGGAUUUGAAAGGCAAAACUAAAGACGGUCUUGCAGCUAGGAAAGAUAUGACUAUUUGGUGUGAUAGACCCGAACUAUCUGUUGAUCUAGAAUAUCAGGGCAAGGAAGUUCCAAAAGCAGUCUACCAGGUCACAGAACCACAAAAGACAGCAAUAAUAUUAAAAUGGCUUGCGUCUCUGAAGUUUCCAGAUGGCUACUGCUCCAACUUGUCUAGAUGCGUGGACAUGAAAAAACUUACCACGACGGAGAGCAUGAAAACUCACGAUGCUCAUGUAAUAAUGCAAAGACUUCUACCAAUUGCACUGAAAGAGAUGCUCCCUGAACACGUAUGGUCCUGCAUUACUGAAAUUAGUUUGUUGUUUCAAUUGAUAUGCUCCAGCAUUUUGGAUGCGGCAUCCCUCCGGAGACUACAAGAGUCUGUUCCCAUUCUGAUGUGUAAUCUGGAAAAAAUAAUGCCUCCAUCGUUUUUCGAUACAAUGGAACAUCUUAUAAUACAUCUUCCGUAUGAGGCUUUGACUGCUGGGCCCGUCUUCUAUCGCUGGAUGUACAGAUUUGAAAGUUUAGUCGCAAUUUCAUUUAAAAAAAGAAUAUUUAUUUCACAAUAACUGUUAACAUGUGUACCGUUGUUAUAUUGCAUUAUUGCAGAUUUCUAGGAGAGCUGAAAAAGAAAGUGACCAACAAGGCACACGUUGAGGCUUCAAUUUGUCAAGCGUAUCUUCAACAAGAAAUCUCAACGUUCUCGUCUUUUUACUUCGAGCGUGACGUCAUCACCAGAAGGAAGAGACCUGCCCGGAACGAUGACAUUGGCAAGGAUUUAUAUGAAAAUGUAGUUUCCAUCUUCAAUUACCUAGGCAGAGGUAAAGGUGCUGCGACACAACGAUACAUCCUGGGUGGGGAAUUGCAAAUUGCGCAUACUUAUAUCCUCAUGAAUUGUCCAGAAAUCUCACCGUUUUAUCAGUAAGUUAAAUUUGUAGUUAUAAUUGUAAUACUUAUAAAUUAAAUUUGUAGUUAAUUUUUUAUUUUUGACUUCACAGUGAAUUCCGAGCUUCUUUAUGAGCCUUUCCUGAGAAUGAAAUUGAUGCAUUGGUGGACUCUGAUUUUGUAAAUUGCUACAAGUAUCAUGUAUAUAUACACACACAUUAAUUAUAUAUAUUAUUAAGUAAGAUUUUUCAAUAUUUACUUAAUGUUAUUAUCAUGUUUAUAUUUACAGAUCAAUAGUCGUGGGAUUGUCGACCCUUUGUUAGUAUCAUUAGCGUGGGGCCCAGGUGCCAGUGCCAAAGUGUGGCGGCAAUAUGUGAUAAACGGUUACACAUAUCACACAGCCGAUUACGGACAGGGCCGACCAACAACGAACAACGGGUUAUGUGUCCCGACCAUCGGUUAUGAUAACUCGGAAACCAAUUUUUUUGGUGUCCUGCAGGAGAUUCUGGAACUUGAGAUGCCUUCUGGUGCGCAAAAAUUGACAUGCGUUCUGUUCCGCUGCACAUGGGUCGAUCCCACACGUGGCGUGCGCAAAAAUCCGAAGUAUAAUAUGAUUGACGUCAACCACUCUCGUGUGUACCCGAAAAAUGAGCCUUUCAUACUCGCCCAACAAGCAGCGCAGAUUUAUUAUGCAGAAUAUCCUUCAACGAGGCGGACACAGAAUCCUUGGGUGUGUGCAUGUCUUGUCCGUCCGAACAAAAUUAAAUCACAAACUCAACACAAGGACGUUGAUCUAGAUGCUUUUCAGCAACAAUUUUUCCAACCUCCGCCUAUUUUUGAGACGGUCAACUAUAACGUCCAAUUAAGUGAUCCAAAUAGCGGACGUGUUGAAGUCAUGCCAGAAACGCAUCUUCCGGACCUAACCAUUCCAUCUGAGCGCGAAAUUGAGGAAAUGUAUGUAGCACAACAAAACGCUCAAUAUCAGGAAGAAGGUGAAUGGAUAGACGGUUCAGAUACAGAAGAAGAUACUGUAUAUGUAAAAAAUGACGAUUCUGAUAGCGAAUAAUUGUGCUGUUGUAAUUUCAAUUUUAUUGACUUCUAAUAUUUGUGCUCUUUUCUUCAUCAU